UUUUUUUCUUAAGUUUUUUUUUACAUCAGUUUUGUUACGCGGUAUACUGGAAAGUAAGAUUUUGUAAAAAAGCGUUAAUGUAGUUACCAAAGCUGUCUUGGUCAGUUUACGGAUAGUGAUAUUGGCGGGAAAAUUUCACAAUCAAUUGGAUUGAUGAUGAUUCAUUGACUUCUAUGACUAAUCAGAAGCCUACACAGUAGAGAGUAUCAUGUGCGGGCGGACUGCAUGCACCUUGGCCCCAGAUGAAAUUUGCAGAUCCUGUUCUUACAGAAGUCACAGGGGGGAUAAAGAGGAACCAAAAUGGAGAGAUCCUCCAGGGGGACAGAAGUACUAUCCCUGCCACAAUAUUGCACCAAGUGCUUACACUCCUGUAAUUAUCUCCAGUCAUCAUAAGUUUGGAUUUGAAGAAGAGAGCGUCCCAACAGAACGUGUUAUUCAGCCCAUGCAGUGGGGGCUAGUUCCAUCGUGGCACAAGGGCUCCCCUAAAAAAGUUAGCUAUGAAACUAAUAAUUGUCGAUCAGAGAGCAUGAUGGAAAAACCUACCUACAAGGUUCCUUUACAGAAAGGUCGUCGCUGUGUGGUAUUGGCAGAUGGGUUUUUUGAGUGGAAGAGGGAUCAAGCAAAAAAACAGCCAUACUAUAUCCAUUUUCCUGAGAGUAAUAUGCCAGGUAAUGCUAAUCUCCCUAAAGUAAAGAAAGAGGAGACAGAUGAAAAUGGAACUGUAGUUAAACAUGAAUUAGGUACAACAGGAGACAUGAAGGAAAAAGACAUUAAAGAAGAGAAAGUAAAAGUAAAACAGGAAAUGGGAACUGAGGAGGACAUGUCAGGAACAGGUGCUCUACAGACAGAGUCUGUAAAACCAGAUAUUAAAUCAGAAACAAAUGGCUGUGACAAAAUAAAAGAAGAAGGAGGGACAACCAAGAGACUAAUGACAAUGGCUGGUGUAUUUGAUGUGUGGAAACCCAGUGGUGAUUCCCCUCCAGUCCUGUCCUACAGUGUCAUCACAGUAGAAUCAUCGCCCGCCAUGAUGAAAGUUCACCACAGAAUGCCAGCUUUCCUUCUUAAUGACAAGGAAAUACAAGAAUGGCUGGACUAUGAAAACAUUCCACUAGAAAAGGCCAUUAAGCAUAUCCGGGCCACUGAGGAGAUCCAGAUGCACCCUGUGUCUGAUAUUGUGAACAAUGCCAGAAACAAGAGUCCAGACUGUACAAAACCGAUAGAUCCCACGAAACCUAAGAGCACCCCCAGCAGUAACCUAAUGAUGAAGUGGUUAUCUAAGGGUAAACGAGAGAAGUCUGAUGAUCAACCUCCAUCAAAACGAGUCAAAACAGAGACAGAUUAAAUACUUAUACAGAGAAAACAAAGACAAUAUAGGGCAUAAACUCAACCUGGAAAGAGGAAAAAGAUUACUUUGUUAUGUGCAACAAAAGUUUUACACUGACUAAGAGGAUUUUACAAGUAUUGUUAAUAUCUCUGUAGUGACUGGACAAAUAGGUACACAUGUGAGUUUAGGCUAGGUAUAUGUGUCUUUAUGCAGAUUAACUAAUUUAAAUGCGUAAUGGCUAUACCUCUUAUGCAGAGAAAGUUAAAACUUAUUGUCUUUUGUAUACUUGGUACCCAGGACACAAUAUGGCUAGUGCACAUUUUGAGGUUCUAUUGUGACGUCAUUGUUAUUUACUACACAAGGUUAAAAAUAACAUCAACAAAAAAAGUUUGGCACAAGGGCAUACCCUGUUUAAUUUUACAGAAACGAGGUAUAAUUAGAAGCAGAAUAUUCAAAGGAAUGAAGGUAUUGCUGAACAAACAUUGAAAGUUCAAUUGUUUAAUAAUUUUUUGUAAAGUUUUGAGUUGGGUUAAAGUGCACAGUUCACUGUAAAUUUCCUCAAAUUCCGAUCAAAUGAGAAAAGGAUUUAUGCAGCAAAAUUUAUUAAUCUUUAGACUAUUCUUAUUAAAAUUAUACAUUAUUUAUGUAAAAUUAAAUACGAUAUGCCUGUGCUCCGAAGCUGUUUUGUUGGUGUUUUCUUAGUUAUUUGAGUAGUGAAUAAAAAUGACAUCAUACUGCGUACUCUCUAUAACUUGUCAUGGGUACUAAGUAUGUAUAAGAAAAUGAAUUUAAACUCUCUCUCUGAAUAAUAGAUAUACUUCUUAUGCAUUUUUAUUUUUUGCAUAAAUCACCUUUACCUAGCCCUAACUCACAUAAAUGUCAAUCAGGUAAAGCUACACUGUAAGAGUUGAAUUUUAUAACAUUACAUUUCUAAACUAAAGAAUGGAGCUAUUUGUACUAGGUGCCACAUACUGUCACUGCUUACAUAUUCAAUCUACAGGAGUGUUUCAUAAUAUCAGUACAUUUACCAGUAAGUCUGUUGUGACAGUAUAUAAUUAUAGUGAAGUUACAUGUAUGCUUGAAUUAGUCAGUUUCUCCAUCAUCUAGGGUUUACCUAACUUUGCUGUUGAGGGGUUAACCCAACAUAAAUGACAAAUCAUGAAAUGAUAAUCUAUUCAACAUGUUCAAGUGUCUUUGAGAUGGAUAGAGUCUUCAUUGUGUGAAUGGCAUUGAAAAAGCAAAGCUAAGCUUAGACAGAUAUAUUAACAAUAGUGUUUUUCUGUGCUUUAAAUAUUAAGCUUUCUCUACGCAUUGUAUGAAAGGAGAUGUCGGAAAGACUGACAAUUGUUCCUGGUGAACAUUACCAAUAGUUGAUACAGCUAGGUUGUAUCUGUUGUUUGAACAAUACUUUUGCAAGGUUGAUCAUAUUUUGUUUUCAUUUUUGUUUUUGUUGUUUUUCCCCAAUGAAGAUGUUUGAUUUGUUACUGGACUGAAGUUAUCCUGGCUAUUUCUAUAUGAUCAUAAUAAACCAUCUAUAUUGUUAUACUUGUGUAAGGUGGAACUUGUUAGUUAGCAUCCAAAUUGCCUUUUACUUCAGUUGUGAAUAGCAAUAUGUGUAUAUAGAAAAAUUGCUACUUUGUAUUAAACAUGUUAAUCAUUUUGAA